AUGAUGAGCGACCCGAAAGACCAUGAUAUUGAAAAGCAAGUGGGAGCCAGCGACCCACCCCCCGUGGCCGAGGAUGAGGGUAGCGCGGUGCCGGCAACAAGCUUUAAACUCGGCGAUUCUGUCUAUGCGAGGCUCCUGCGAUUGGGGGGUCUGUUGAAGGUUGAACAAAGAGGAAUCGAACGCGUGCCAGAUGACGAGCGGACGGAUACCUCGUACUGGAAUAUAGCGUCCAUGUGGCUGGCUGCCAAUAUGGUCGUCCCAUCUUUUACGAUUGGUGUGCUGGGUAAUCCGUUGUUCCAGAUGGGCUUUGUCGACAGCGUCUUGGUGAUCGUGUUUUUCAACUUCCUCGGGGUAUUGACUGUCUGCUUCUUCUCGACGUUUGGGGCUGCAUUUGGACUGCGGCAGAUGGUGUUGUCCAGAUACUGGUUCGGCUGGUGGGGAGUGAAGCUGAUCGCCCUGUUCAAUUUUCUGGCGUGCAUCGGCUGGGCAGCGGCCAACAUCAUCGUCGGCGCCCAACUCCUCAAUGCCGUCAACCCCAACGUCCCCGGAUACGCCGGUAUCUUGAUUAUUGCGUUUUGCACUCUCCUGGUAGUGUUCUUCGGCUAUCAAGUCAUCCACGCCUACGAAUAUUGGAGCUGGAUCCCAACAUUCGUGGUUUUCUUGGUGGUGAUUGGUGUCCUUGCCCGCUCUGGAGAUUUUGUGAACCUGCCCAUGAGAUCGGGCCAGGUAGAGCUCGGGGCGGUUCUGUCUUAUGGCUCGACUGUCUUUGGCUUUGGCACGGGGUACACCAGCUUUGCCGCCGACUAUACCGUUUACCAACCAAGUAACCGUCCUCGCCGCAAUGUCUUCCUUGCAACCUGGCUGGGCAUCUUCCCAACUCUGCUAUUUACUCAGAUCCUCGGCGCUGCGCUGAUAACGGCGACGAGCAUCAAUGGAGGCCACAACGAGUACCAGCAAGGCUACACCGAUGCAGGCAUCGGCGGUCUCUUAGGCGCGCUGUUGUUCCCGCAUGUCGGAACAUUUGGGAAGUUCUGCGUUGUGAUUUUGGCCCUUUCCAUCGUGGCAAAUAACUGCCCAUAUCUAUUCCGUAUCCCUCACCCUGAUGGUCAUGGGUCGAUGGACACGGCGGGCUACGCUCAUUUCGAAAGUGUGCUGGAGAAUUUCAUGCAUUUCAUCGGCUACUGGCUUGCUAUUUAUGAAGGCGUCGCGAUCACAGAGCAUUUUGUGUUUCGGCGGGGAUUCUCGGGAUAUCAACCAGAGGAUUACGACUCGCAGGAAAACCUGCCGUUGGGGAUUGCUGCCCUGCUCGCGUUCUGCUGUGGGGUUGCAGGAAUGGUGGUGGGCAUGAGCCAGUCGUGGUAUGUAGGGCCCAUCGCCAAAUAUGUUGGAACUCUGCCGGCUGGGGGAGACGUGGGGUUUGAAUUGGGCUUUGCAUUUGCCGCCUGCUCCUACCUCCCUCUGAGAAGCAUGGAGAUUAAGAUAGCACGCCGGUGA